AUGGCGUCUCAGUUCAGCGGUGUGCUGCAGCUGACAGAUCUCGAUGAUUUUAUCACCCCGUCUCAGGAAUGUAUCAAACCUGUGAAAGUAGAGAAGAAACAAGGUAAAUCUGUGGCCAAAAUUCAAAUAGAAGACGAUGGUAGUUACGUUCAAGUCAACCAGGAUGGUGGGAAGCAGAAGCUGGAGAAAGCAAAGAUCUCACUGAAUGACUGUUUGGCCUGCAGUGGUUGUAUCACCUCAGCUGAGAGCGUCCUCAUCACGCAGCAGAGCCACGAGGAGCUCUUUAAAGUGCUGCGCAACAACAAGGCCAGUCCAACAGAGCAGAAGGUGGUGGUGGUGUCGGUGUCACCGCAGUCCAGAGCGUCCAUCGCAGCAUACUUUGACCUCAGCAGUAGUGAGACAGGCAGGAGGCUUACUUCUUUCUUCAAAGGCCUUGGCGUUCAUCAUGUGUUUGAAACAAGCUUUAGUCGGACCUUCAGCCUGCUGGAGAGCCAGAGAGAGUUUGUGGAGCGUUUCCAGAGGAAGGAGCAGGACAACAAUUCACUUCCCAUGCUGGCAUCUGCAUGUCCAGGUUGGAUUUGCUAUGCAGAGAAGACCCACGGGGAAUUUAUUCUUCCAUACAUUAGCACUACUCGCUCCCCGCAGGCGAUGAUGGGCUCUCUGGUUAAAGGCUAUUUUGCUGAACAACAGGGGCUUAGUCCACAGCAGAUCUACCAUGUGGCCGUCAUGCCCUGCUUUGACAAGAAGCUUGAGGCCUCGAGGUCAGACUUCUACCUGGAGAAAGCCGAGACUCGAGAAGUAGACUGUGUCAUCACAUCUGGAGAGGUUCAGAAAAUGCUGGAGGAGAAAAACGUGUCUCUUAAUGAUGUGGAAGCUGCGCCUCUCGAUGCGAUGUUCAGCAGUGUGAGUGGGGGCGAGUACCUCAGCCAUGCCGGCAGCGGGUCAGGGGGUUACCUCCAUCAUGUCUUCACUCAUGCUGCCAAGCACUUGUUUGGGGAAGAGGUGAAGGAGCUCACGUACAAGACCCUCAGGAACAAAGACUUCCAGGAAGUGACUCUAGAGAAAGAUGGAAAGGUCGUGUUGUGCUUUGCUUCCACAUACGGCUUCCGCAACAUCCAGAAUUUGGUGCAGAAACUGAAGAGGGGAAAGUCGCCAUACCACUUUGUAGAAGUUAUGGCCUGUCCAUCAGGCUGUCUAAACGGUGGCGGACAGCUGAAGCCCAAACCUGGUCAGAACCCAAAGGAGCUUCUCCAGAAGGUAGAGGAGCUCUACAAGGCAGAGCGCCCCCUAUCACCAGAAGAGGACGCCCGUGUGGCCGAGCUGUACCAGUCCUGGCUCCACAGUGUGGGGGAGGAGAGAGCCAAAGAGCUGCUGCAUACAAACUACCACACCGUGGAGAAGAUGACGAACGGACUCGCCAUGAAGUGGUGACGAAAGCUUUUGCUGCAGUCCAUGAUUAGCUGAGAAUUUUUUUAACAAGCACUGAUUACAGAACCGUCCAAAUACAUGUGACCAGUUCUGUCUCUCUUUACAGAGGAGGGUUACAGGAAAUAUAGGCUGGUGUGAUGUAUGCCAGUAACUUCAGUAACCACUUUAUCUCGUCUGUUGUGUGCCUGACAAAGUGGAGGAGACACAGUAGACACAAUAAUGAUGCCAAAUUAUGGAUGUGGUCUGAUCAUUUGCAGCUAUCCUGCUGAUUGUCCUUUCAAAUAAGAAUAAUUCAUUUGUGUGGGACCUGUUACACUUUGAAAACCUGAGCUGAAAGAACACAAAGCAAAUAUAAUCAUUCCUUGUUUAUUUAACCGCAUGGUUAUAUAAAUAUAUAUUAAAAAAUAAAGACUUUAUUUAAUUGUA